CUGCCAAACUAUUCCUUUAUUCAUUUAUUAACCGAGAAUAAUGGCCUAAACAUUUAUUGACGCCAUCUUCAGUUUUAUAAGGAUUGUUCGCCAAUCGCCGUUCGUACGUCGCUGGCAGUGAACGGAACGAAGUGCUGUCGUAUAGAUCGCUGGCUGGCCGUCGGGCUGAAAAUAGUGAACGAAGUAUGAGUUUUCGAAAUAUGUUCGAAUAAAAAGUGAACAGUGAGUGACUGUCAUCGAGCAAGAUGGUUGAUGACGUGAAAGAUAUUACGGAAAAAGCUGAAAGUAAAGAGGCCCUAGACCGAGCGAGAUUAGCGCGCGAGCGUCGCGAGGCUGAACAACGGAAGCGGCUGGACGAGCUGCGCGCGCACGCCGCCGCAGCGCAGGCGCAACGAGAGAAGAGAGACGAAGAUCGACGCCGCAGACAGGCUGAACAGCGCGCCAAGGACGAUGAUAGACGAUUACAGGUAGAGGAACGAAAACGUGCAAUAUGGGAGGCGUCGAUAUCCCGUCGCGAAGCGUUGCUGCAACGCGAACGCGAUCGCACCGAACGAUUGGAACGCGCGCGAGCCGCUCGGUCUGCUCCGCGGCCGGCGUUCGCGUUCGGCUCCUCAACACCGAGGCUAUUAGAGCCCGUCGACUCGGCUGGAUUCUUUUGGGCCGCGCGCAGUACCAACCCCAUAGAUCAGAUGAACUUUUUUGAAUCACUGGCGGCAUCAACAACUAAUGUGAUGUUCGCGUCUGCGCCGCUCACGAGACGCGCGUCCGCACUCCAGCUCGACACGUCCGAUACUGAUAACAAAGACGAACCCGACCGUUCCCCCCAACCCAUCUGGUCGUCCGUGGCCAGACGGCGCACCGACCUGGUGCCCACGCUGCCCGCGCGACCAGGUAGGGCCUACUCCAUGACGCGCCUCGACAAGAUCCCCUCGCAACGCCCGAUACACUCCGCGUCGCCUUCCAUGCACCACCUCAACAGGAGCCAGACCCGGUCGGGCGACACGACGCCCGGCUCCCGGCCCGGUAGCGCCAUGUCCAACACGGCCGUGGUGCGCCGAGCGUCGUCCGCGCCGCGCAAGCCGCGGCCCGCCUCUAUAGCCGGUACGGGUGUUAACACUCCGCGAGGUGCGGACUUCGGCGCGGACACGGGCGCCAGCAGCGCGGCCACCACCCCGUCCGUGUCGCGCGACGCCAGCGCCGUGCACGUGCGCGCCGCCUCCACGCCGCGCCGCCCGCGCCCGCUGUCGCUGCACGCGCACCGACACGCUGGUCCGCUCGGUCCGGGAGAAGGCAAACCGCCUCUCCAUAGAAAACCAAAGCCAUCCAAAGAUCACGAUAAGAGCUCGGGCAAGUCUCUGUCGGCGUCUCCGGGCCGCACGCUGUCGCCGUCGCCCGCCAAGGAGCGCGCUCGGGACGCCGCGGACGAGAAUGUUAUUACACAGCCGGUAUCAGACAAGUGUCAAGUCAGUGCAUUAGAGGUGACACAGAAGUUAGAAGCCCUACAAAUUGGGGACCGCCAGCAAUCAAGCGAAAUCAAAGAAAACAUAGUGAAUAGGCCAGAAACGAACAACGAACAGAAGGUACAACAAAACAAAGUGGAAGAAAAACAGAUAGACGUACAGAAGCCAGAGAAGGAGAGAGAAGAUAAGAAGGAGGAGAAACGAGAGAAGGAGCCUUCGCAGGAGAAGACUGAUGAUAAUGAGAUGACUGCGUCGAUGACUGCACGACGGAUCACAACAGAAGAAGAAGCGAAGGCCGCACUCGCUGAGCGAAGGAGACGCGCUCGCGAGGAGCUCGAGCGACAGGCGGAGCUCGAGAGGCAGAGAUUACAACGUGAAGCAGAAGAGGAAGCAGAGAGACAACGCCUAGAAGAAGAAAGACAGAAACGUGAAGAGGAGGAAGCGAGAGAGUUAGCCGCGCUGCAGAGGAAAAUGGAGGAAGAGAAACUAAGGAAAGCUAUCGAGAUUCAGCAGCAGCUGGAGAAGGAGGAGGCGGAGCGGCGCGUGCGCGAGGAGGAGGAGCGGCGGGCGCGCGCGCGGGACGAGGAGGAGCGGCGCCGCGCCGCCGACGAGGCCGAGCGCGCGCGCCGCGAGGAGGCCGAGCGCGACGAGCGCGAGCGCGUGCUGCGCAAGCAGCGCGUCGAGGCCAUCAUGGCGCGCACGCGCCUCAAGAAGCAAGCUGAAGAAGACAAGAAGCAACAGGAAAUGAAAACGCAACAAAACCAACCAGCUACUGAGUCUACGCCUGCCAACAAUAUUUCUACAUCUAAUGCUACCCAGAACAAUGUAGCACCCGUAAAUAAUACACAGGAUACUGCAGCAUCUGUUACAAAUACUGCCCAAAAUAGUCCAGCACCUGUAACUAAUGCAGCCCAAGAAAGUGCAGCACCUAUAGUAAAUACUGUACAAGACAAUAUAACUCCCGUAGUAAAUGCAGCAGAAGAAAGUUCAAUGAAUGUGUCGCAGGAUACAUCAGCAUCUGUAACAAAUUCCAUUCAAGAAAGUUCAGUAGUAACAAAUGACAGUGCAGCAGUGACGAACGCAGCACCUGGAGAAAAUACAGCAGUCGAAACUAUGUCUGUGGAUACUAGUAACGGGAAUGUACAGACAGGAGAUUUGUUACAACUUGCCGCUAGCCAGCCGGAAGUAACACAAGAGCAGACACAAGUGGCGCCAGACACUCCGCCCACGAGCAACAAUAGUAGCAACGGUAACAUGACUGCCGACCUGCUGGGCCUGUCCCAACAACAUGAGACAAAGGACAAACCAGACGAGCAGCCGCCCAAGCAGAUUGACAACACACCAACGUUGGACGCGAACAACGGCAACGUUGGCCGCAUAUCCGCCAACUUCAUCCAAUCCGAGCGACGCGACGACUUCGCGGCGCACAACGGACACGGACACCCGCACCCGCUGACGUUGCAGAAUGCGAUCUAAUAACAGAGACGUACGGUCGAUAUUAGAACGGCUUCUCCGCGUGCAUAUUGGCUAGGUGAGCUUGACACAACUGUGCCGACACGGUAGAUACAUUGAAUUACGAACUCUGAGCUUAUCGAGUUAAGAGCUCGUUUUAAACGCUGAGGAAGCAUUAGAAGGUCACUGAAUUUGCCACAAUAUCUUCCGAUUUAACUUAACUUAAAAUUUUUCUUCGGUCUUAUCAUUUACUGAAAAAGUAGCUAAAUAUGGUUUAAUAGGUAUUAAUAAAAACCCUUGAUAUAGACCCUUGAAAAUCCCCAUGCUGUUUUAAUAAGGGUUUAAAAACUGUUUAUAUUUCUUUAAGUUAAAAGUUAAAUAACCCAAAAUUGGAAAGGUUUGCUAGAAGUACUAAUGACAUGAAACUAAAUACUCUUUCAAAUUUGAAUAUUUUGUUUAAAAACACGGUCUUUAAUACAAACGUAAUAAGGGUUAAGUUUGUGUAAAUAGCUUCGGCACUACACGAACUGGUCGAGUCUGGUCAAAGAUUUCCCUUAGUGAAAAUUGAAAUUUCUAUAUACGAUUAUAAGAUAAUGAUAGGUUUCUAAGGUGCCUUUACAGUCUUGUUAAUUUUAAAACGGUGCUAAAAUAAUUAAUGAAUAAUGAAAUUUAAUUUCAUCAAUGUUAAAGUACAAAAUUUUAACAAUAAUAAUAAAUUUCAAUAAUGCACAAUAAAUAAUUUAGUUGAAGGAAUGAUCGUUCGUCCUAGCCAAUAUGUAUGGAGCGAGAAUGGUAUAGAUAUGCUGUACUAUUACCACAGGUGCUUUCUCUCUCGCACGUGAAAGUAAAAGAGAGACAAAUAUACUAUUGACAUGAUGUGUUGUAACAACGUAACUUUUUUUAAUCUGUCAAUAUGUUAUCUGUGGUAAAUAUUACGCAUGUAUGUUGGCACAUGAUAUAAUAGUUAUAUGGUUAAUAAUUAUUGCAUUUAAAUCGCAAAUCCACGAUUCUAUUAAGAAUUAAAAAAAAAUAUAUCUAGCUUUUUUUUGUUUUGCUAAUUUUAAGCGAAGAAUUAAUAAAAUAAAUCGUAAUCAUCGCUUGACGUUCCUCGUAUGACAGAAUUAAUAUUUUCAUACGAAUAAAAUAAAAUAACUUCGUUGCUUUUUAGUGAUUAGGAGUCAUGGCAGACAAAACAACCUUGAAGGAGUCAUAGUUUUCUAUACAAAUGUUACUUCAAAUUGUUGGCAAAAUGCAUUUUGAGUGGAAAUAGAAGCGUUCUUAUAUUUUUCACAUAAAAUUAAAAUAUCAAUAACGUCAUUGAUUUCAUAUACAAAAUAAUUUAAUGACUAGUGUCAAAUAGUAAAAAUAUUAGUUUUUUCGUCUGUUUCAUUUCUCCUAAUCGAGUUAUAACAACAGAUUAAAAAAAUUGAAAACAUUAAAUAAUGAUCGUUUGGUGUAUAGGUUGUGUAUAGCGACACUCGUGAACAGUGUUACAAUAAUUAUUUAAUAUAAGUUCUAUUUAUUGUGAUGUUUUUAUUAUUAUUAAUAAUAGAUAAUUCGGCUUUGCUUAACGCAGCCGCUAGUUGGUUAUUAAAUUACUUUCUUUAACGAGGGAUGAUGACAUACGGUAAGGCAAUAUACAUUUCAAUCUUCCUCAUAUGUCGAUGUGAAAACGCUUAUGACUUUCUAUGAUCAAAAGUCUAUUUGUAAGGAGACGGAAGAUUUGGUAAUUUUCGCUCUUUCUCUGAGGAAAAAAUUAUUAUAAAGUUCAGACGCUAUGACAUAAGUGUAUUUACAUAUAAUUUAUGAUAGCUUAUAUGUAAUGAUGAGUAUUAAUUCGCUUGUAUCAGUAAACCGAUUUGCAAUGGUGCGAGGGAGACAGGCAUAUGACGGGUAGCGCGUGUGCGAGUGAGACCGAUGGUAAUCUGAUUUUUUCACCUUUACGAUGAAUUCUGUAAAGAACCAAUCGAAGAAUAUUAAAACAUUAUAACAUUAUUGUUUUUGUUCAAGACUGAAAAUAAAAAAUGGGAUUUUAUUAGAAUUUGCAAAUGCGUUAAAAGUCAAAUGUCUGAAACCUAAAAAUGAAACGCUAGCUAUACCUAAGAAAAAUUGAAACGAUUAUUAUCCGUGUAUUCGUAACUAUUACGAGCCGAGUCAUUGAGGCGACUCACAUAUGUCAUAAUACUGCUUAUUCUGAAUUAUAGCACUUAGAGCGACCAGACAGCUUUGAUACUAGACAAAUGAUGAUUUUGGAUCUCCAUUUAACAUAACACUAACUACAUAAAGAGACUUGUAACAAAUUUCUUCAUAACUAUGGUUUCGUUUCUGAGUAUUUAAAUAUUAUUUGGAGGUCUGAAUAAUCUACAUGAACUUAAUCGCGACGCAAACAAUAACGAGAUAGUAGGUUAUUUAAAAAUGCAUAAACAAUUUUUUGUAAUAUAAGUAGUUAGCAUUCAAUAUAUAAUCUUAGUCUGUUUACAAUUUGCCUUUCUUCCGUUGUUGAAUAAUAUUUUUUUUGUAUGUUUGUAAUUCAACGAUGUUUCCAUUGAAAUUGUCUAUACCAUAAUAGUCUUUAACACGUUGGUAUUGAGACUGAAAUGGUAUACGAAAUGUUUUCUUUAAUCCCUAUUUAUCAAUUUAGUAGUUAUAAUAACAAAUUAUAAUUAAUUCAGGGAACGUUUCCCAAUUAUUGUAUAUUCCAUUUUCUUUUUAUAUCACCUUUCGAUCUAUGGACUGAGGAUGAAUAUGGCGUACGUUGUUUAAUUAUUGUUUGACAUGUUUCACCAAAAAGAUGAUGUGUAAUUUAAGUGUUAAUCUACUCAUUUGGAUUUAAUUAUAAUUUUCAAAAUGAUUUUUUUUUUCAAUGUAAUUAUGAAUAAAAUGCAUAAUAAUUAUAUAGUUUUUGUGCGCCUCGAUCAGACAUAGAGUAUAUUCCCUCGCUUAUGUAGAUAUAACAUUAUACAAUUUUUGCUAAUCGUCCAUUUUGUAAUAUUAUAAACAAAUCAUGUAGUCCAUACUGCGACGGCCUUAAUAAAUAACUUUUACGCUAUUAUUUUCUUAAAACAUUUAAUUUUUUUUUUAAUGAAAGUUGUUUUUAAACGUAAACUUUGUGAUACGAUGCCAUUUUGAUUAUUCAUCGUUUGUACGAUUCGUACUAUUUUUGGUUACCUAUAUAUAAUCUGUUCCCUAAUUUAGACUGAUCGAUUCAUGCAUAUCCGACUUUGUAAUACUUUUAAACGACACAAGUUUCAAGAUGGCGGCGUGUCACGUGUUGCGUGUUGUGUGCUCGGUAGUGCGUUGCGGCUGUGGCUGUCGUUAUAACAAAUAUUAUGUAUUUAUAUCACAUUGAGACAUGGCUUCUAUAUACGUUCUAUUCUUUAUUAUGUUAGCAAUCGAUGGAUUUAUAAGGAGAAAGUUUUAAUAAAAAAUAUUAUGAAAUUUA